AACAUCUCUGGCAACGGCGUCUGAUGUAGGCAUGCCGUUAACAAACAAAGUUUGAUGAUAUAUUCGUUUGUUAUUAGCUUUCAGUUCAGUCUUAGCGCUUUUUCGCAUUCAUCGUGUGAAUUAGUUGACGUGUAUGUCAGAUAACUGAAACUACAGCGUCCGUAAGAGAGGUUAGGGUAUAUCUAAAAAUGUCAGUCAGGCGAGCGACUCAUGGAGGAAGCUGGUACUCCGAUUCACCAGAAGAAUUGAGAAAGCAGUUGGAUAAUUGGCUGAAUGCAGCGGAUUUGACACAUGGACCUGCUCGAGCAAUAAUAGCACCUCACGCCGGAUAUCAAUACAGUGGGGCCUGUAGCGGUUUUGCGUACCGGCAAGUCAGUGCCGUCGUAGUGAGACGGAUUUUUAUAUUAGGACCAUCCCAUCAUGUGCGUCUCGGUGGAUGUGCACUUUCUACUGCGACCAAGUACUGUACGCCCUUAUAUGACUUGCGAGUUGAUGUGAAAGUAAAUGCUGAUCUUGACGCUACAGGACAUUUUGAGUGGAUGGACAUGUCUGUAGACGAAGGCGAACACAGUAUAGAAAUGCAUCUUCCUUACGUUGCAAAAGUAAUGGAGGAUUAUAAAGAUUCUUUUACAAUUGUGCCAGUAUUAGUUGGCUCACUUACGCCUGACAAAGAGUCUGUCUACGGCAGUAUUUUCUCGCAGUAUUUAGCAGAUCCACAAAACUUAUUUGUGAUAUCGUCUGAUUUCUGCCAUUGGGGACAUCGCUUCAGAUACACGUACUACGAUCGCAGCUGGGGUGACAUAUUUCAAGCAAUAACAUAUUUAGACAAAAUGGGAAUGGACAUUAUCGAGUCGCUAGAUCCACAAGCCUUUACUGCAUAUUUGAAGAAAUAUGGAAACACUAUAUGUGGACGUCAUCCCAUAGGUGUUUUAUUGCAAGCUGUGAACAGUUUGCAGAAAUCUGGUAGUAAUGGUCAUAGAAUGUGCCUUAAGUUCUUGAAAUAUGCACAGUCCAGCCAGUGUAACAAUAUGAGUGAUUCGUCUGUAAGCUACGCAGCUGGAGCCCUCACGAUUGAAUAACAAUCAGUUUUCUUU